UUCUUCAGUCUCAUCAGGGAAUUAAACAAACAGCAAAGGGAGAAGAUGAUCUGCAGGAUCCUUCUGCUCAUCAGCCUGACCUCCUGUGUCUCUGGAACAUUUGAAGUGAAAGUGACACAGAGCUCCUAUCAGGCAGAGGAGAACCACAACAUCACACUGGAAUGGAUGUUUACAACCAAACCUGACAGUUCCUCCUCCUCACUGAACAUCUACUGUGAGUUGUUCACUGAUCACAAUGACCCAGUCCUGUAUCAUGUAUAUGAGGGUGUUGAGGUCCCAGAGUCUCAGGAUGAACAGUUUGCAGGACGAGUUCAGUGUGACAAAGACGCCCUCAGAGAAGGACGAAUCAGACUUCAUGUGUCCAGACUCAGGACUGAUGACUCUGGUCUGUACAGGUGUGAAGUGAAAACAAAUGAUGGUGUGAGCUCUGACAGAUGCAACCUCAAUGUCACUGGUAAGAUGAUUCAGUAAAACUCAGAAAGCCUUUUUAAUGCAUGUUAUCAGUGAUGUACAGACUGGACUGCUAAACUUUAUGAGUGUGGUUGCACUCAGCAGACACUGUGUUGUUAAAAAUAUGCUGUAUGU